AUGAAGAUCACAGAGAAGCUAAACCAGGCUCAUGUGGGGAUAUCCAACCCACCGCCAGCAACAUUUUCAUUUGAAUUUUUCGUUCCCAAGACAGCACAGGGUGUGCAGAACUUGUACGACAGAAUGGAUAGAAUGUACGAUUUGAACCCUAUAUUUAUUGACAUCACUUGGAAUGCUGGUGGUCGCUCUUCAACUUUGACUAAUGAAAUGGUGUAUACUGCUCAGAGCACCUUGGGUUUAGAAACGUGUAUGCAUUUGACAUGUACUAACAUGAAGGUUGAAUUGAUUGAUGAAGCUUUGGAUAAAGCUUAUAAAUCAGGGUGUCAAAACAUUUUGGCAUUGAGAGGUGAUCCUCCUUUGGAUGGUAGUGAAUCCACUGGGGAUUUCAAGUAUGCCAAAGACUUGGUCAAGUAUAUUCGCCAAAAAUAUGGUAACCAUUUCAAUAUUGGAGUAGCUGCUUACCCUGAAGGGCAACCAGAAGAAGAGGAUGAAUCAAAGACUUUGCAGUACUUGAAAGAAAAAUGCGAUGAAGGGGCUGAUUUUAUCAUUACGCAAAUGUUUUACGAUGUUGAUAAUUUCAUCACUUGGUGCGGCAAAUUGCGUAAAAUUGGUAUUGACAUUCCCAUUAUUCCUGGUAUCAUGCCGAUUUCAACUUAUGCUGCAUUUAUAAGAAGAGCCAAUUGGUCACAAAUCAAGAUCCCACAACAUUUUCUUGAUGCAUUGGACCCCAUCAAAGAUGAUGACUAUUUAGUAAGAGAAAAGGGGACUGAAUUGGUUAGUGAAAUGUGUAACAAACUUAUCGAAUCGGGUUAUGUUAACCAUUUACAUUUUUACACCAUGAACUUGGAAAAAUCUACAGUUAUGGCAUUAGAGAAACUCAAUCUUGUUGAAGCGAUCAAAUCACAUGAGGUUGUUGGAGGUGCUGAAUUGCCUUGGAGAAAAUCAUUACAUCCAGAAAGAUCCAAAGAAUCUAUUCGUCCUAUUUUCUGGCAAAAUAGAAAAUACUCCUACAUUUCACGAACGGCAACCUGGGAUGAAUUCCCCAAUGGUAGAUGGGGUGAUUCUCGUUCACCUGCAUUUGGUGAUAUUGAUCUUUGUGCAUCGGAGUUGUUGAGACAAUCACCUAAACGAGCAUUGGAAUUAUGGGGAGUACCACAAAACUUGAAACAAUUGAGUGAUUUGGUUGUGUCAUACUUGUCAGGUGAGUUAAAAUCCUUGCCAUGGUCCGAUGGGGCCGUUGGUGAAGAUACGAAAAUCAUUGUUGAUGACUUGAUUAAUUUGAACAAGCGUGGACUAUUAACUAUGAACUCACAACCAGCUUUAAAUUCAAUAAAAUCAUCAGAAAAAGUAUUUGGGUGGGGGCCCAAGAAUGGAUAUGUUUAUCAAAAGCAGUACUUGGAGUUUAUUUGUCAUCGAGAUAUAGUUGAUAAGCUCUUGACUCGUAUUCAAGAUUUCAACAAACUGCAAGGUGAUGCAUCAAGUUCAAUCAUUUCAUAUUAUGCUGUUGACUUGUCAGGAAAGUUACAAACCAAUUGCAAACCUGAUGAUAUCAAUGCCGUAACAUGGGGUGUUUUUCCAGGUGAAGAGAUUUUACAACCAACCAUUGUUGAACAAACAUCAUUUUUGGCUUGGAAAGAUGAAGUUUAUCGAUUAUUUUCCGAGUGGAAUAAAGUCUUAUCGUCAAACUUAGUUGAUAUUGAUGAUGAAUCUAAAUUAAGCAAUUUUACUCGUUUGAUGAAUGAAGUUGGGCAUGAAUUUGUCUUGUGUAAUUUAGUCAAUAAUGAUUUCAUUGAUUCAAACUCGACUUUGUUUAGUUUGAUUUAUGAUUUGAACUUGCCUGAGUUGCCAUAA